AUGGAUAAUCCUGCGACACGACAACCAAUGAGUGAGUUGGAACUGCUGAGAAUGCAGAUGAAUGCAAAGACCGAUGAGACUCUUGAUUCAACAAGGAACAUGGUUCGUUUAUGUGAUGAGAGUACAAAAGUGGGUGCUCAGACACUAGGAAAGUUGGAGUCCCAAGGCCAACAAUUAAGAGGGAUCGAUUCGGAUAUGGAUAACAUUCGUGAAGAUCUACGCGAAGCACAACGUGACCUUGAUGAGAUCGAUAAGUGUUGUGGUUUAUGCGUUUUACCGUGGAGGAAAGUCAAACCAGAUUCGAAAACGCCGAAAUACCCAACGAGUGGGAAUGGUUAUCUAACUGGAGCUAGUAAUAAUUAUCAGGUUAACUCUUAUCAGCCACAGUCAGGAUUCCAAAUUCAGCAAAACCAACAAAAGAGUGGGCCUUUCAUCACCAGAAUCACCAAUGACGCUCGUGAAGACGAAAUGGAACAGAAUUUACAACAAGUUUCAGGGAUGGUAUCUCAAUUGCAUUCUAUGGCUACUGAUAUGAAUCAAGAGAUAACAACACAUAAUCAGAUUCUUGAUCGAAUCGAUCAAAAAUACUGUCAUCCUUUUUCAAUCAUUCCUCCAAUUAUCGACUUCAUUGAAGAAUAUUGAGGUAUAUUGGUCAAAAAAGUAGAAUAGUAUCACUAGCUGGCAUACGACAGUCAUAUAUUGUGACUCAAAGUCCGUGAGUACACAAAUCUGUAGUCUUAAUUCAACUGUCAUCGGUAAUUCGUCCAAGCUACCUUAUGUAUAUUUCAUGUUUGUCAACUCUCAGUUAGUUGCCUCUGAAUCUCUAUGACGUGUACCUGACAUUGACUAUCAAAUAAAAUUUGCGAAUCAUGAUGUACCAUGAACAAGAUUUUAUUCUGACGCACUUUUCUAUUUAGAUUAUUGGUACUUUAAGACAAUGUGAUAUUAUAAUAUCUUGCCUGUCUACAUGGGAAAUUAUUUGUUUUUAUUCAGGUAUUAUGAUUAAAGUUGAGAGAAAACCUGUUUUGUAUUUAAAACUUCACCAGACAUUUUCGAAUAUCCAUACAAUAAAAUUGGUUUUCUUUCAUCCCUUAAUUAUUAUCCAGUUGGUCUACCAAUCAACCAAACUGAUUAACAGCCUAUUAAGUUUUUAUUCUUCCAGUACAAGUUAUAACUAUGUACAUGUACGUUUCGAUAGUCCAAGCCAAAAAUACCCAGUGCACAUUGUUUAGUCGGUUAAAUUGAAUGAAAAAGAAAUAGACUCCCGAACGAAAUAAUUAUUAGUAUCAGAAGUUUAUUUUGACUGUUCAGUUUAUAUCAUGGACUGAAUUUACAUAAACAACUAAGAAACACUGAUAGCAGUUCCAGUUUAAUAUAGGACUUCUAUUUUACGUCCGACACGGGUAAACUUCAUUGUCCCCAGCUACUAAAAUAGACACUUAUACUCAGUGGACGUUUUUGUGAUUGGAUGACAAACGACAUUUUUUUGGUCAAUUCCAAUCAGAUUAAUGAUUAUUAAUAUUCAAAUCUUGUUUCAACUGGAUAGAAAUUAGUUUGUUAACUAGAAUCAAGUGUUUAUUUUAUUUAUUUAUUUGAACACAUUAAUAUUGGUACAAAGGAGCACCAAAUACAUAUGCACCACACAAUUCACUUGAUUUGUGUGUGUGGUAUGAUAUUACCCGCGUUAUCAAAUCGAAGCAGGAAUCAAGUAAAACCUUAAACACUUGUUUAUAACUUUCGUUUGUUACACUGAAGGUUAAACUAUAUAAAACUAAUCAUAUGAAAGGAAUGAAAACCACUUUCCCUUGAGAAAUAGUUAUCGAGUCAAGAUAGUGAAAAAUAUCAAAUUGAUUACAAAUAAUCAAAUGUUCCAUACUUGAAGCAUAAAAUGCUUUUCUUGAUUAUAAAUGAUCUAUAAUUUUACUCAACGCACUCCGUGUUUAGUUAAUCUAAUUGAUCUAAGAAAAUGAACUGCAUAGGAAGCUUCAUUUGCUGAGUAAUACAUUUUACAGCUCAUGGAUAUUAAUUAGUGUUAGUGUGUAUAAUCAAGACUUGAAGCAUUCAAAUUCGAUGGUGAAUCUUAAUGAGUUGAAUAAUCUAGCUUCUUAUUGACUCAUUCUUACCCUUGAAUUUGAUGUAGUAUACAACCUCAGUACAUUGUGCAACAUCACGGUAAGCCCAAUCAGAUCUAUACAUCGUAUCACCUACUUUAAUGGUUGUGAUAAUCACGGUUGGAAUUCUUUUUACGUUAAAGUCUGUAAACAUCUCAUUAUAUUUUCAAGUAUUUCACUCUUUCGUGUAGAAAUCAAUUAUUUUUAAGAGUCGUAUUUCUUUCUCUUUUAUGGAAACAUGCUAAAAUUUCUUAAAACUUAAAAGGGACCAGUUAAUUUAGGGUUGUAAAUCCAUCGCGUUUCAUUGAGUGAUAUCUCAGUGACUAGAACGCUUGGUUUUCCCUAGCUAACUUUUAAUACCUUUUUACCCACACUAAUGUGGACACCCAGUGCUUUCACACUACUAUAGUGUGUGACUCAAAGCCCUGAGUACAUCAAUCUGUAGUUGGUAGCUGCGUUAAUCAUGUAAAAUCCCUGUCUAUGUAGAUGUGUUCUGUCAAAUAGUCUAUAAAUUUUUCCAAGUGAUAACCGAAUGUAAAAGGUAAUCUAGUUGUGAUAUUUUUAUUUAUAAUACAUUUUUUAAAAAUUUUACUUAUCCAAACAUUAAUUUAAUGCAUCGAAAUAUUGCUUUCUAGGCGCAGUAUAAUCAGUCACAAUUGGCGUUCGCUCAAAAGAGAGCUGAUAAAAUCUUAGGGUAAGUUUAUUGUGUAUAUAUUCAAUUAAUUGAAUUCAUAUAGUUGCCAUUAAUUGUUCAUGACGGAAUCUUAAUUAUAUAAUUGAAAUAUCUUAUUUAUUAAUUAUAUUCGAUAAAGUUAAUCAACAUUACUGACUAACUAGCACGAAACCUACGUCCAGAGUAUCCUAACGACUAGCUUCAACCACUUAACAUCUUAAUUAAAUUGUACUAUUUCCUUAUUUCCAUAAAGUCCACAGUUGAAACUCAUUGCUCCAAAAACACCAGUGUUCGAAUUUUAACUAAUGGAAAUUUUGCUGAU